AUGACAAAUCGUACAGCUCAUUUGUAUGCUCAACCAAUCAAUUAUUCUAACAGAAAUCGAUCAUGGAGUCGAGCAUUUAUUCAAUUUUUAUUUUCAAAUCUUGGUCUAGUUAUUGUUGUUGUUGCUUACAGUAUUGGUGGUGCAUUUUUAUUUAUUUUACUUGAACAAUAUAUUGAACUACAAAAUUGUCAACAAGGAAAAGUGGGUGAAAAUGUUUCUGUUACAAAUCUAUCGGAAACAAUGUAUAAUUAUGUGGUUUUGUCUGGUGAUAAUCAAACAGUAAUGUAUGAUCAAAUGGAGGAUUAUUUAGCAAAUUUUACCACGGAUAUCUAUGCUCGAAAAGAUCAACUAAGAUAUACCGGACAAGAUUGUGACACAGUAUCAGGAUGGAGUUUUCCAUCGGCAAUGUUAUUUACAAUUACGAUUAUUACAACAAUAGGUUAUGGUCAUAUUACCCCCGUAUCUUGGGAAGGUCAAAUAACUUGUAUUUGUUAUGCUCUCAUUGGUAUACCGAUAUUUCUGUUGUGUUUAGCAAAUAUAAGUAGUGUACUUGGUGAUAUAUUUCGUUUUAUGUACUCGGCACUUUUGCAUUGCUGCUGUUGUGUAUGUCGGUCGUACACACGUAAUCGUCGUCGUCGUCGAAAAAUAAGAGAAAGAGAUGGGGCAGAUAAUCAGACUAAUAACUGGGCAUCGAAUCCAAGUGAACAGGGUUGGGGUCUGUCGACAUCUGGUGGUCUUAAAACAAGUGCGCCUGGUGAAGAAGAAGAAGAUGAGGAGGAAGAUGCUUGGGAUCGUUUAGAAAGUCGUGUGCCAUUUGGAGCUGUGAUUGCCAUUAUUAUUGGUUAUCUGUGUCUCGGCGCAUUUAUGUUUAGUCAUUUUGAAGAUUGGACAAUGACUGAAGCUGUUUAUUUUUGUUAUAUAACAUUGUCAACCAUAGGUUUUGGUGAUUAUGUACCAGGUUUGCAAACAGGAGCAAUGAGUGGAUUACGUUUUAUUUUGGGUUCCAUUUAUAUACUAUUUGGUUUAGCUCUUUUAGCAAUGUGUUUUGAUUUGAUUAAGGAAGGUAUUGUUGAUAAAUUUAAAUGGUUUGCUUAUAAAUUUGGUAUUGCUGCUAUAGAUGAUGAAGAAGAUUUAGAAUAUGAUGACAACAAUGGGCGCCAAAAUUAUGAGUACGAACAACGACAACAAACAUCAGCAAAGAAACGAGAAGCAGAUGAGCCACCAAGUUAUAAUGAUGGACGUUGGUCACGAAAUCUAAAAGAGAAAACAAAUGAACCAUCGAAAAGAGUUGUUAGUUCGCCAAAUGCGCCAGAACAUAAUAUAACACCUGAAAAACAUUAA